GAGAGGCUGAAGGCAUUCUUGGGCAACCAGAAGAUGGGAUUCUCCAUGUACAUCGGCCUCUGUUGCCUUGGAAUCUUGAUCACCAAUCCUUUUUUGGGCGCCAAGGCUGCGUCAUGCCCCAGAGACUGGUUGCAGAAAGAGGGGAACUGCUACGGGUAUUUUGAUGCUAAACUAAAUUGGGAUGCUGCUGAGCUUGAGUGCCAGACCCAUGGCCCAGGAUGUCACCUUGCCUCUAUCCUCAGUUUCCACGAGUCCUCGCUGGUGUCUGCAUACGUCAAAGACAAACAGGGAUCACCUGGCCCUGUCUGGAUGGGGCUCCGUGAUAUCUCUGGGAGAAGGCGAUGGAGAUGGGCUGAUGAAUCCACCUAUAAUUACAAAUCCUGGCUGGUAAACCAACCAGACAACUAUAGAAACAAUGAGCACUGUGGGGAGCUGGCAAGUUAUUCAGAUUUUAAAUUGUGGAACGAUAACUUUUGUGGCAAUCCAAAUGCUUACAUCUGUAAGUACCAACUGUAG